UAAAGUGUAAUUUCUAAUAUAUGUCUUUAUUUUAAUAGAAAUCAUUAGGGAAGAUGAGUCUGGUUGCAGUAUCAUACGAGCGGUUAUUUGGUACCCAAACCCUAACCCCACUCUUCUCCAAUCAAAACCGUCGCCAUCACCGUCACCGUCGCCGGUUUCCGUCGCCGUAUCCGGCGGAGACGACGACACCUUCAAAAUCGACGACCUCUCUUCAUCCGGCGAGAUCGGCUCCUUUCUACCAUACCUCCGUCGCCUUGUACUCCCCUCCCGCCAUCUCCUCCUUCCCCCGCAACCUUAUCGCCGCCGGCGCCGAGUUUCGCUCUCCGCCUACGACGCCGACCCGUUCGUGCUUCUCAAGUCCGUCAAAAUCCACAAAAAAGUCCGUCAAUUCGAUUCGACUAACCUCGUUCCGGCCGUUAUAGCGGCGUUCCGGUGAACCAUGGAUAGUACCCUUAAAGCUUCUCGUUUGAGGAUACAUUUCUGGGAUUGGAGAACGGAGCAGAUUACAUGCUUGGAGGAAAGUCGCCUGGAGGAUAUAACUCAGAUACAUUUCCGGGAUUGGAGGAGAACGGAACAGAUUGCAUGCUUGGAGGAAAGUCACCUGGAGGAUAUAACUCAGAUACAUGUCUGGGAUUCGAGGAGAAUGGAGCAGAUUGCAUAUUUGGAGGAAAGUCGUCUGGAGGAUAUAACUCAGGUACAUUUCUGGGAUUCGAGGAGAACGAAGCAGACUGCAUGCUUGGAGGAAAGUCACCUGGAGGAUAUAACUCAGAUACAUUUCCGGGAUUGGAGGAGAAUAGAACAGAUUAAUGCUUGGAGGAAAGUCACCUGGAGGAUAUAACUGAGUAAAUGCAGGUUCAUUUUGUUCCUGGUCAACAAAGCAAUCUUGUUUCUGCUUCCGUUGAUGGAUUAAUGUGUCUCUUUGAUACCAGUAGAGACAUAAAUGAUGAUCAUCAUCAUUUAGUUUCGUUGCUGGUAGGUUCAUUCAUUAAUUAACUCUAGAUGAAAUGGACACUCUCAAGCCAAGGGAAUUUUACUACGAGUGAAUCUGCAUUGCACAUUUUACAUUUGUACUAAAAGGAGUUUGCUUUUAUUGCAAAUCGAAUACGAGUUUCUGCCUAGCAUGACUAGGUUUUCAACGUGGAAACUUCGAUUGGAGAAGUUGGAUUCUUAGGUGCAAUAAAUCAGAAGUUGUGGUGCAUAACACACAUUGAAACCCUGAGUUGUUCUUCGAUUGGGAUUGGAGUCGUGAAAGAACGGAAGCCAUCUUCAAGGAUUGGCUUCUGAGGUGCUGGCCGUUAACCAAUGUAAGUGAUUUUUUUUUAAUGUGGGUUAUUUGGUGAGAGAAGGAAAUACGAAAAAGAUUGUAAAGUGUUGGUUGUAAAAUGAAGCCCAUGUGCUGCACAGCAGCAGCACAACACCAUUCCUAUUUCUUCAGCAAUAUUUCUCUGGGACUUCUAAUUAUUGCUGAAGAAAUAGGCCGCACGACCAGCCCUUUCGGCGCUUUGAUGGCAGCCCUUUCGGCCCACUGAUAUCAGGGGCUGCCUUACUUAGCCCAUGAGGAAACAUUGAAUCCAGCCCAGCCCGUUAAGCCAUUUUCCACAAUAUCGAUGGGCCGUUCGAAAAAAAGCUCAUAAAGUACAAACCAUGCAUGAAACUACUACUAUUAAAACUGUUGUUAUUAUUAUUUAGAACUUAAAAAUUACAGAUACAAGGGAAAUUAUUAUUUUUUGGUUUUUGAUA